CAGCUUCAAGGGACAAAUAAUAACAACCAUGUAUUGCCAGGAAAGGUGGACCGGUUCGGUGGUGUCACGGUUGAUCUCAGCGAUCGCGACUUCCCACCUGAUAUCAGUGAAAGUGCGUUUCAUGUUCUGCUGCAAGGCAAGUGGAUCUAACACUCAGUGUAACUUAAAGCCGAGGUGCAACACCAAUAAUUUAAGAAUUCACACUGAAUUUUCAGCUGUCCUCAAAGAAUGAUGUUUAGGCACAAAUAGUAAACAUUUGCAACACAUUUACCUAGACGGUUUGCAUUCACGUGGCGAUUAUUGGUUUCCGUUAAUUCAGUCUGCGAUAAAAAAUUGCAACUACCAUUUAAUAUGUAAUAAAUUGUAAAUAAUCAUAGUUGAUACAAUGCUUAAUGUGCAAUACCACUGCAUCUUAACCUAGAUUUUUAAUAUUUGAUGCUUACAUGUUUAAUAUGCGAAUUGUAAACGGAGAAUUACCGUACAGGCAAACAAUAACGAUUGACAUGGUUUUCUGCUGAAUAUAGGUAAUGGUUAUUGUUGUAUCAGACUCUCUCCAGCAGUGGAGGGUGGUCGGCCGGGUGGCGGCAUGGCUGCGCCUGCCCAUCUCUCAGGGUCGCUUGCUGGCAGUGGCAGCCUCCCACGGUUUUACUUUUCACCACGCCCGGCACGACACAGCAACACUCUCCUUGUGGUUGGGCGAGGGAGAGAACCGACUGCCUGGCUUUGCCACCCACCAGGUCGGAGUUGCAGGUGCCGUCCUAGAUGAGGCCAGUGGGAAAGUCCUUGUCGUUCAAGACAAAAACAAGACUAAAAAUGCGUGGAAGUUCCCUGGUGGUCUCUCAAAUCUGGGUGAGAAUAUCGGUGCCACGGCGGUCCGCGAGGUCUUUGAGGAGACCGGGAUCCGGUCAAAGUUCCAGUCCCUCCUGAGCGUGCGGCAGCAGCAUAAGCACCCCGGUGCCUUCGGCAUGUCUGACAUGUACCUCAUCUGCCGGCUCAGGCCCCUGUCCUAUGACAUCCACUUCUGCACCCAGGAGUGCCUCCGGUGUGAGUGGAUGGAGUUGGUCAAGUUGGCACAGACCGGCGCCACCACGCCCAUCACCAGUAGGAUAGCCAAACUCCUCCUCUAUGGCUACCGGGAAGGCUUCGACAAGAUUGACCUCUCCAUGGAGGAGAUGCCAGCUGUCUACUCGGGGCUGUCCUAUCAGCUGUAUCACAGGGAACUGCCCGCAUCUUACAAACAGCCAUGAGCACCUCAUCAAGCUCGCAAACUCAAACGUGGAAACUUUGAUUACUGUCUAGAUCCCCUCAUGUGGCGAUCAACUUGGGAACUCCAUGGACCGAUGUACCAAUUCUUAGAUUAUUCAUGAUCUUUUCUAAUGUGUAAUUAUUAACUGCAAAAUUCAAGUUUGCAAAAAGGGCACAUUGGUUUUGUGGACCCUCAAAUGGACCGGUUAACUAGUCGAGUGUUAUUCUCGGAUAUUUGGGAUAGUUCUGGUAUUGAAUUGUGAAUGGCAUUUACAUCAGAUAUUAAAAUGGAAACAGAGAAGUACUGAUGCCUCUCUUUAA